AUGCGCUCGCGGCUCGGGCUCGACGACCUCGCUCAUGCCGCGCUCGUGUUCCAGCAGCAGAAGCGCGCGAGGAGGGAGGGCCAACCAGAACCGGCCAACCACACGCCUACCAGAUCGCUGCGAAACCGCAACGCGACGCGGACGGUAGCUGAAGAAGAGGUCGCUGCUGAGUCCGGCACUACGCAAAUGCGGCAGGAGAAUGAAUUCAAAUUUCACAGCAUUUCUACUUUCAAAAGGCUCAGCGAUAUCACUGGCCACCAGGUUCCGUGCUUGAUUUGUGCGGAUUUUCAUUUUUUUUUUGUCCGUUUGGUUUUCGCAGUGGCGAGCGCCGCAUUCGAUCGGGAGGACGCGCCCAAUCUGGUGUGGCCGCAGAUAGCUGCGUCCCUGGCCAAAGAUUUGACCAUCGAGAGGCUUGGGGAGCACAAGAACCGUGUGCUAUCAGCAACAGAUCACUGGCAGGCAGUUGAGGGAGCGAGUAGUAGGAGCCGUGUGCCCGGAAAGCCUGAUGCGAGCGUACUGAGGGAGGAGUCUGAGACACGGAAUGCGGAUGAGGAAGAUGCCCCAGUUAUUGAGGGGAAUGAGAGGGCACGGUUGGGCCAGGGUGGUGUGAUCAAGCAGGUUGUUGGAAGUGAGGCAAGUGCAGAUGGAUUUGGUGAGCCCAGGGAUGGCAAGGAAGCUGUACUGCAGAAUGGAGAAGAGGUUGGGAUAAAGUUGCUGCAUCCAAUUGAUGCAGAGCACAAGGAGGGAUCGGAUGAAGCAGGGGAGAACAUCGUUUCUGGAAUGCACACUGUAGGAAACCUGAAUUCAUCUUCUAGUGAGACUAGAGAUGCUACUACCUCCAGAAAGCAUCAAACAAGGGUGAGCAACAAUAAUUCUGCUCGUAGCACAGCAAACAGAAGUGCUGGUCGGUCCACAACAUCACCAGAUGCAACAAUUCACAUCAUCAAGGACCAGUUGACAAGAGCAAAGACAUAUCUUGGAUUUGUUGCAUCUAGAGGCAAUCAUGGAUUUGCAAGGGAGCUCCGUGCACGGAUGAGGGAUAUACAACAAGCACUAGGUGAUGCAACUAGCGACCGGCAGCUACCUCAAAAUGUCCACAGCAAAAUUAGAGCAAUGGAGCAGACACUGGUGAAGGUCAGGAAAAUUCAUGAUAGCUGCUCAGGUGCUGUAAACAGGCUCCGUACAGUCCUUCACUCAACAGAGCAGCAACUCGAAUCAAACAAAAGACAAGCCAACUAUUUAGCGCAAGUAGCAGCUAAAUCACUACCCAAGGGUCUCCAUUGCCUUACACUGAGGCUUACAAAUGAGUAUUAUUUCACCAACCCAAAGAAUAAGGAUUUUCCAUAUGCGGAAAAGCUGGAAGACCCCAAACUCUAUCACUAUGCCUUGUUUUCUGACAAUGUAUUGGCUGCUGCAGUGGUUGUUAACUCAACACUUGUUCAUGCUAAGAAACCAGAAAACCAUGUUUUCCACAUUGUGACAGAUAGGCUUAACUACGCUGCAAUGAAAAUGUGGUUCCUGGCUAAUCCAUUGGGUAAAGCUGCUAUUCAGGUUCAGAACAUUGAAGAGUUUACAUGGUUAAAUUCAACCUACAGUCCAGUCCUGAAACAGCUGGAAUCCCGGUUUAUGAUUGAUUACUACUUCAGAAAUGGGCAUGCUAGGCCUGAUGAAAAUCCUAAGUUUCGGAAUCCCAAAUACUUAUCAAUUCUCAAUCAUCUGAGGUUCUAUCUUCCUGAGAUUUUCCCAAAGCUUAACAAGGUGUUAUUUCUAGACGAUGAUACUGUAGUGCAACGGGACUUAACUGCACUUUGGUUGGUAGAUCUCAAAGGCAAGGUUAAUGGUGCUGUUGAGACUUGUAGGGAGACAUUCCAUAGGUUUGAUAAGUACCUCAACUUCUCAAAUCCUCUUAUUGCCAAGAAUUUUGAUCCACAUGCAUGCGGUUGGGCAUAUGGCAUGAACAUAUUUGAUUUGUCCGAGUGGAGAAAGCAAAACAUCACUGAGGUCUACCAUACCUGGCAAAAGCUGAAUGAAAACAGACUAUUGUGGAAGCUAGGCACACUCCCUGCUGGUCUUGUAACAUUCUGGAACCGUACGUUCCCUCUUGAUCGUUCCUGGCAUCAGUUGGGGCUUGGGUACAACCCAAAUGUCAACGAAAAGGAUAUCAGGCGGGCGGCUGUCAUCCACUACAAUGGAAAUCUGAAACCCUGGCUUGAGAUUGGAUUGCCCAAAUACCGCAAGUACUGGUCGAGACAUGUCGAUUUCGAUCAAGUGUUUCUACGGGAGUGCAAUAUAAAUCCCUGAAUAGCAAGUAGAGGUGUAUGAUUUAUAUUUUCGUUUUUCAACUGUUUCUUAGAUCAAUUCUUUGUGCUCUAGGUAUUUUAACUUGCCUAGAGCGCUAAUUCUUUUUAACUGAUCUCUUCCCAUGUAAAGGUGCAAGCAGGUUAGUGGUAGGCAUAGAUCAUACAAACGGUUAGGAGCCACGAAGGCAUAUUGCAUUUUUGUACUUAUGAAUGCUAAUAUGGUAGUAGUAGUUAAUUAUUGAUUGUAUGAGUGGAACGCUCUGUAAGAUCACAAACAAUAUAGUUUGCUUCCCUUUUCCACCUCUUUA